AUGGACGCGUUGCUGCGCGCGGGCGGCGACCCGAACGCGCGCGCGAGGGACGGGACGACGCCGUUGCACGCCGCCGCCGCGCGGGGCGACGGGCGCGCGGUGGAGGCGCUGCUGGGGCUCGGCGCGAGCCCACGCGCGCGAGACGUAACGCUCGGGAACACGCCGUUACACGUCACGUCGGACUGGCGGUGCGCGCGCGCGCUGUGCGCGGGCGGGGCGGACGUGGAGGCGAUUCGAGAUUCGGACGGGCUGGCGCCGUUGCACGCGGCGGCGGCGGAGGGACGCGCGGAGGUCGUGUCGACGUUGAUCGCUCACGGCGCGAAGGUGCGGGCGCGGUGCGGCGGGGGGGUGAUCGAGCGCGGGAAGACGGCGUGCGAGAUCGCGAGGGAGAGGCGGCACAUGGAGGUGGUGCGGUUGCUCGAGGAAGCGGGCGGCGGGAGCGGGGGAGGGGGCGGCGGCGGCGGGGGAGGGGCAGGGGGCGGCUCCGCGGGCGCCUCAGCGGCGAACGUGUUCAGGAAACGGCCCACCGCGGGCGCGGCGGCGGCGGCGUCGGCGUCGCCCGCGGCGUACCAGCAACAGCCGAUGGCGCAGCAUCCGCAUCACGCGGCGGCGGCGAUGGCGGCCAACCCUAUGCCCGCGUAUCCGUCCGGCGGCGGGGGCGGGCACGGCGGCGGGUACGACCGCGGCGGCGGCGGCGGCGGCGGCGGCGGGAGGUCGACGAAAUCGAAAUCCUCCUCCUCCUCCCUCGCGUUCACGAUCUGCGGCGGGCUCUUACUCCUCGUCGCGCUCGUCGCCGGGUUCGGAUGGUUCAGCGUCCAGAGCGAACUCAACGAGUGGCGCGCGCUGAGGGAGAAGAAGGCGGCGAAGCGCGCCGCCGCGGACGCCGCCGCGGCGGCGAAAAAAACCGUCGAGGAGGAAAACCGCCGCCGACGCGCGGAGGCGUCCGACGCGGAAGUGGCGCGCGUGCUGUCGUGCCCCGCGGUCGUCACCGAGGAAGCGACGCGCCUGGCCGCGGAGGCGAAAUCGCGAGGGGAGCCUCGGCCGAGGAAGGAUCACAGCGCGCUGCACCGGUGCGUGCUCAACCUCGGCGGCGGAUCCGGCGGCGGCGGCGGAUCCGGAUCCGAAUCCGGAACUGGAUCCGGGCGUCCGUGCGAAGUCUGCGUCGACUUCCUCUCCCCGCUCGCGGACGCGCUCAAGGUGGAUCUCGCGGGCGCGGGGAAGAACAAAGACCAGAUCGCGGACCGGGCGCUGGGGACCGGCUGCGCGGCCGCGGAGGAGCGAGGAAACGCGCGGCACUCGAAGCUCUGCGAUUCGCUCCUGGCGUCGCGGCGCGAGGUGACGCGACCGCUGGCGCUUGGCGUUCCGGUGCAGAAAAUCUGCGAGCGCGCGUCCGCGAGAGACCCUCUCGUGUGCGAACUUCGGUUCGCGAAGGAAGGGACGGUCGGGGACGACGGCGAGAGCGACGCCGCGGCGGGGGACGCGUUCAAGCGGUUGAGUCUGUUGGUGCAUCCGGACAAGCACGAGGGGAAAAAUUCUGGAAAGGCGGCGAGCGCGUUUCGGAUGCUGAAAACCGCGCGCGAUCACUUCGAUAAGAUCGCGAAGAAAGCCGCGGAGAAGCGCGCGAAGGAGGAAGGGCGAUGA